AUGCCAAGUAAUCAAGUAGACUUUACUUCUCUACAAAUUUUGGAUUAUAGUCUCAUUAAUAAUCUCAAAAAAGAUGAAUUCUUGUCUCAACUUCGUAACGCACUUCUCCAUGUUGGUUUCCUAUAUGUCAAAAAACAUCCAAUUCCUGAGAAACUUAUCACCAAAAUCAAAUCAUAUUCCGACCAACUCUUUAAUCUUCCAACUUCUGAAAAAUUACGAAUUGAAAUGUGUAAUUCACCACGUUUUCUUGGAUACGACAAAUUGGCCGCAGAAAAAACCAAAGAUAUAAGAUGA